AAAAAUCAGAAAAGAAUCAGCCAAAAUUUUCUGUGGUUUGGAAAAGCUUUUUGUCGUCUCAUAACGAAAGAUGAAGAUUUCUCUCUUCCUUCUCUGUUUCCUGAUUCUCUUACCGAUCUCCUUACAGGAUGAUGCGAUUCCUCAAGUGAAGAAGAUACCGAGUCGUGCUCACGCAGAGCUCACGAACCAUGGGUUCCCAAUUGGGCUUCUCCCUUUAUCCGUGAAAGACUACGUCCUCAACAAAACCUCCGGUGACUUCUCCCUCUUCCUCCACGGGACCUGCAAAAUCACGCUUCCUCCUGAUAACUACAUCGCCACUUAUUCCAACAAAGUAACGGGUCGGAUCUCUCAGGGUAAGAUCGCGGAGCUCCAUGGGAUUCGGGUCCGGGCGUUUUUCAAGUCGUGGUCUAUCACUGGGAUCCGAUCUUCUGGGGAUAAUCUUGUCUUUGAGGUCGCUGGGAUCACUGCUAAAUACCCUUCUAAGAAUUUCGAUGAAACUCUUGAUUGUGAAGGCAAACGAUCUUCUUCCUGAUUUCACUUUGAAUUUUAAACAUAAAGGCUCUGAAGUCUGAAGGCAGGAGCAACAAAGUAGUGAACUAUGGUUUGUAAUAUAUAUUUAUCUCUAUCUGAUUAUUCAGGGCUUGUAAUGUAAAAACCGCAAUGUAAACCACGACUCUUUUCUCUGCAAACUAAGGGUUUCAUGGAAGCUUGUAAGUUGUCAACCAAACAUGGAUUGAAAUGUGAUUUUAUUAGACUAAAAAGAGGCACGUCCCAUUUGUGUA